AUGACGACUCGCGGCGGUGGCAAAAGAUACCAACAAGCCCAGAACGACAGGACCAAUGGCUUCCCCAACCCAGUCAGGUGCGCCGCAGUAGCCGGAAACCUUCGCACCCUCUGCUUCCUCCUUGUUGGCGACCAAGAGUCCUCCUACCCCUUGAACCCCAACACCGUGGACUUCGGAGCCACGCCAGGCCUCUUGCGAAGUGCCCUCGACGCCACCGGGCCGGGAAGUCCGGCUGUACUCGACUUCGUCCACCGCCUGCCCCUACCACAGGACGAAGCAUCCGACCUCGUUGCGAUGCCGCUGCCGGAGAGCUGGAGGCGCCAGGCGGUUUGGAACAUGUCCGUGUUGCACAAGGCGGCGAUGGGUGGCUCGCUGCGCGUCUUGGAAGCGGUGUUGGCUGCUUACGAGGGGACCUACGACCGUCGGGUUCUCAAAAAGAUGCUAACCCCGUAUGUGGCCGAGGCGCUGCUGCCAGCGGUCAGACGCGAGCACCACCACGUUUUGGUGAGGCUUGUGGGCCUUGCGAGGCGGCUUGGUGUAGAUACCAAUGAAGCUCGUGAGGAGGCGAGCCGCCGGAGACUGGAGUCUAUGGUUGCGCUGUUGCCGUAUCGGAGGCACUUGCGAAAGGAGUUGAAGGAGUAUCUCGGACUAGAGUCUGACGACGACGACGACGACUCUCCUGGACCCAUUUUGGAAUUUGUGUAA